GCAUGCGCAGUGUGAGUCUGGACACUGCAGCUGAUGAUGUGGAGGAAAUAACGGCGCCUGUUUCCCUUGAGCUUGGAUUAAACUAAAUUUUGCACUGUAUAUUAUAAUAAGCGUUUUAGUUAUUUAAUUUUUCGUUUAUUUUCAUUUCACCAGUCGUUGUAUUUCUAAGUUUAAGCGAUAGAAAACAGAACAAAGCUAGCAUCGGGCUAAAGUGUGCUAGCAUGUGCUAAAGCAGCUGAGGCUCUGCUCACACCUGGCACCUUCCAACAGACAUUUAUAGAGUUUUCUUUCAGCUUGAGUUAUUUUGAGGCUAUAUAACUGCGUGUUCGUGUUGUACCUUUUUGUACUUGAUGGAUUGGGCCACAUUUGAGCUAAAUUGAUGAAUUGUUUGAGAGAAGACAGAGUCAAACUGCAGAGGAGAUGAGUCAACUUUGGAAGAGAGACAUUCCCCUGUCCCAGAGGUUAGGUAAUGACUCGCUGACUGCUCUGGCCCCGGGGCCCCCUGCCACCGUAACCCCACAGGGCUCCAACACAUCAUGGGCCCCAGAAGCCCCUGUGGUCACCCCAGAGGAGCCCUUCUUCCUCAUGACCUCCACGGCUCAGACCAUCUCAGGAGUCUUUGUGUGGACUGCUCUCCUCAUCACGUGUCACCAGAUCUACAUGCACCUGCGCUACUACAGCUCUCCCAACGAACAGAGGCACAUCGUGAGGGUCCUCUUCAUCGUCCCCAUCUAUGCCUUUGACUCCUGGCUCAGCCUCCUCUUCUUCACCAAUGAGGAGUACUACGUGUACUUUGACACAGUGCGAGAUUGUUAUGAAGCUUUUGUCAUCUACAACUUCCUCAGUCUGUGUUAUGAGUACCUCGGAGGGGAAAGCGCAAUCAUGGCAGAGAUCAGAGGGAAGCCCAUUGAGUCCAGCUGUGUGUACGGGACAUGCUGUUUGUGGGGCAGGACGUAUUCUAUUGGUUUUCUCAGGUUUUGCAAGCAGGCUACUCUUCAGUUCUGUGUGGUCAAACCUUUGAUGGCUAUGAUCACCGUCAUCCUGCAGGCUUUUGGGAAGUACAGAGAUGGAUACUUCAGUGUGAACAGUGGCUACCUGUAUGUGACCAUCAUCUACAACAUCUCCGUCAGUCUGUCGCUCUACGCUCUGUUCCUCUUCUACUUUGCCACAAGGGAGCUGCUCAUCCCGUACAGUCCAGUGCUCAAAUUCUUCAUGGUUAAGUCAGUCAUCUUCCUCUCCUUUUGGCAAGGGAUGCUCCUGGCCAUCAUGGAAAAGUGCGGUGCCAUCCCUGAGAUUAACUCCGCUGACGUCUCGGUGGGAGAGGGAACAGUUGCCGCAGGAUACCAGAACUUCAUCAUCUGCAUUGAGAUGUUCUUUGCAGCUCUUGCUCUGCGUCACGCUUUUACCUACAAGGUUUACAUGGACAAGAGACUCGACUCCUACGGUCGCUGUGCUCCGAUGAAGAGCAUCUCCAGCAGUCUGAAGGAGACCAUGAACCCAGGAGACAUGGUGCAAGACGCCAUCCACAACUUCUCCCCGGCCUAUCAGCAGUACACACAACAGUCCACUCUGGAGCGGAGCGGGGGUCCGCCCCUGUCCCGCAGCCAUAGCAACAUCAGCACCAGAGGCGACAACGAGAAGACCCUCCUGCUCAGCUCAGACGAUGAGUUUUAACAUCCAACAGAUCAUUUAUCGAAAACAGAUGUGCGAGGCAAAUCAGGACAUUAUGUUUUAUGCUUAUACUUUAGGGAAGAGGAAAGUGAAAUCAGGGAGAAUUGUUUGUGACGACGAGGUGUCAGGAUGUCAGGGUGAGUUCAGGAGUGCUUUGCUUUGAUUAAGGCUGAUAAUGAUGAUUCUUACUUUGAUAACUGUGCCUGUUACACUACACAGUUCCUUACACAAGAAUUCAAAGUGCCAUCUUUUCGCGUGAUGCUCGGCCUUUAUCGUUUUGAUACUAACUCUUAGUCCACGCGCCUCUCUCCCUUCGCCAAGUCUGCCUCUGAUUUAAACAUUGCCAAAUUAAGGGCCAGGACCCGCUGCUCUUUAAUGAAACGCACUGCUUAGAGAUUUACAUUAAGUCUUAUUGGCUGUCAAAGUACUUGACUUAAUUAAGUUUAAAGAUUUAUAUGAUGCAUUAUUUUACGUUGUUGUGUAAAACCUUGAAGGUACAAAUGAGUUGGAAAGUUCUUAUUCCAGAAUGUUGAAGAUGUUCCGUUGAAGAUAGUGUCAUUUAAGUCGUGAGUUUUUCAGCUUUUGUUAGUGUUUUGUUUGCACUGAAGGAGCAGCUGUUGCACAGAUUUUCAAACAGGGGCCAAAGCUGCUGGAGGACAACGCCCACGCACGUUACAGAUUACAGAUUAGGGAAAAGCAACACGUUGUUCCGAGGACUGUACAGAUGUGAGCAGCCCCAGGGGAGUGUAAUCUCAUCACUGCACCAUUUACAGAUCACAGCUACCUCUGCUGGUCAACGUCUGCAACGACAGUUUGAUUUACUGUUACACUAAAGACUGAGAUGGUUUGGGGAGGUCUUUGUUCUGUAUUAAACUGUAGCUAAAUUAUGAGAUUUUAGCUGCUUCAGUCAGUCUUUACAAUGGCAAAUUUAUAUUAAAUAAUAGUUUUGUGAUGAGUAUUAAAUGCCAGUUCUACAGUUCCUGAUGAACACAGUCUUUUUGUUUUGGGUAGGCAGCUUCCUCACUGAGCACAGGUGAAUUGAGUUUAUGUUGAUUUAAAAAAGCAGUUCCUUAGAAACACUUUUUCCCUGAAUCACAGCUUUUUACAUUUUUGUUUUUUUAAAUGCUAUUAAAUAGUUUUGAUACUUACGCUGAUAGAAAUGCUGUAAUAUCAAAGCUGACACUAUUUAACCCUUAAAUAUUCUAUAAAAUUGUUGUACAUAGAUUUACACUAAAGAAAUGUGAAUUAUGAUUGUAUGAGCAGGUGUGUGCAGUGUGUCCUUUGACGUUUCUGGUUUUCAUAUUUGCGGUCUCGCUUUGUUGAAUGCAUUUGUAUAUUUGGUAUAUUGUUCAGGUUUUAAUGCUGUAUAUUAUGUUGGCAAUAGAAAAAGGUAAUAAAAAUCUGUUGAAAAGUUG